UUAAGACUUGUGCAGAUGACUUUCUUUGUUCGAAUCAUUACUUUAGCUAUUACUCACGGUUAUACACAAUGUCAAUCCUCGGAUACAGACUAUCCGGCGAACAGUCUAAUUAAAGGCCCGUUCACACGAGCCGAUUGUUCCGAUUCCGACUUUUGGAUGAUUAUUAAGACAGUCCGAUAAUUUUGCUGAUAUUUACAUUCGUUUAGAUAUAAAAAGUCAUGCGAGCAGCUAUUUGUGCUAUCCAGUACAUUUAUCGAUAUGUUUUUCGUAUUUUUGUUCUUGUUUCCAAGUCUUUUUCAAAUCUAUGUAACUUGACUAGUCGGCUUGCUUUGAUUAUCUCGGAUGAAAAUAGAGCAAGUUCUAUUUCCAUCCGAUUUUUUAGAUUUACAGAUCCGACUAUCGGAAGCUCAAUUUAUACGUGUUCGGUGUUCACACGAAAUUUCACCCUUGCCAUUUCACCUUUUGCCAAGGUUUUCAUUUCUUUGGAAAUUUAAUUUCAUUGUUCUUGCAAUGAGUGAACACGAUGAUGUUGCAUUGAAGAAAAGAGAGUUGACCUCGCUCCACCAAUCAUUAAACUAGCUACUUUGUAGCUUCAUGUCCAUGCAAAUGUUUCUUGUGCCAUGCACAUCAUUGGUGUGUCACCAGUGGUACUUGAUAUGCGUGCCGAAGCAUGAGGUAUUCGCCAAUGAUAUGCCAAAAACGUACAAAUUUUUAAGUCGUAUUAAAAACAUUGUUCAAGUAAUAUCGUUCGCGGUUCUGUCUAAUGUUGUUCAAGGCUACAGUUUCACUCGCUUACAAUGAUUGCUAUUUGCUAGUUUUGUUUCAUUCCACUUGAGCAAAUAUUUAACGAUUGUUUUGCUUGUUUAUUCAUACAUACAAGAGUUAAACAUCGACUGGCUUCGCUAACUCGGCUGUAUUGCAUUUUCGACGUGUACAUUACAUAUUGCUGUGCAAUCCAAUGGAAAAGAUUUGAAAUUGGUAUCAGUCACGCUGCUUCACUUUCAUUUCUCAAUCUUUACUGUUCAUCUUCUUGUACUGUAGCGACAUCAAAUAAUAAACAGUAAUGGCCAACGUUGUCGACGAUUUCUCUGGCAACACGAGCGUUAUGAACGAUCUUCAAGUCAACAUAAUUGAUCAGGAAAAGCUUCUUCGAUGUCCACUGACGAAUCAAUUUAUCAAAUGGAAAGUCCCUGAGUCGAAUGGCAACGAUUUAUCUAACUGUUCACAAUGGGUUUUGAAGUUGCAAAUAUUCCAUCCCUACAUCGAUAUUUCGAAUUCAACAAUAGCGACGUGUAUUCAAGAUAACAUCAUGACUCGACAAGUUCACAUGGAAAGAGUCAAUUAUUCCGAUGGAACGAAUCUAAUUGUAUCACUGACAGAUGUUCUGAAGGAUAGCGUUCACAACUAUUUGUUUGACCUGGUCCUAUAUUUUCAUCUUGACGGGUUAAGCUUUGUCGUGUGCACUUUCAAAAUAAAAGUUUUUCAGAUUGACGUUGAAAGCGGCGAAAUCAGUCAAGAUGAGAUUAGUGUACGCUUCAAAAAGCAACUUUCCACAGGUCCUCAUAAAGGUCGUAAACAAAGGCUCGAAGACAAGGAUUUCACUUUUACUUGUAAGUCGAACUUUGCUCUCGAUGAUUGCUGCUGUCAGGGUUACGUGAAACGCGUGAAUGACCAUGCAAUGGUUGGAAAACCUAAAGCUGUCAUUGGUUUAACCAAGAUCCCUUUAUAUUUGUCUUUAAACACGAUGGAAUCUGCGAAUGAUGCGGAGAUUUAUGUCUAUAGCGUGACGGCAAAUUUAGACCCGGAGGAGUUUUAUAAUUGGAAUGUCGGGAAAGAACUGUACAUGUCUGACCAAUCAUCACCUGACAAUAACAUAUUUGUUUUUCGAAUACAAAUUUCGAUAGAAAACCAAUGUUAUUGGAAAGACGUGUAUCGAUUCAGAACCAAAACGAAAGAAAACCGUAAACAACAAUAUAUAUCAGCUAUCAAGCUUGAAGCACAGCAGGCUCAUAUAAAAGACCUGCAAAUCGAACGACUGACAACGUGCAGGGGAGACAUCGCGUAUUCUUGGCAGUUGAAUAACGAAUCAGAUGAAUCGGUCGAAAGAUAUGACGAGGGAGAUGUUGUCGGAAUAUUUCCCAGCAAAGAUCGUGAUAAAACAUAUCUUGACUUGCUAACUCCCAUAAACUACAACGGCGCUAUUUUGGCUGGUGUGAUCACAAGAUCGUACUACAUUUCAGCUAACACACAAGAUGAAACGAGUAACCCCAGUGAGAAGAUAUGCAUGAUGGGUAAAAUCCCAGUUAAGGUUUACGGUGCUGUAAAACAUGGCGAAUUCUUGUUUGCAUCCAAUAAAUUACCGGGAGUCGCUGUUACCGAGAAACAAUUUAAGGCCGACAAUGGAAACCUCCGUCAAAAGCGCCUUCUCGGAUAUUCCAUUGAAGAGAGUACUUCGAGCGAGGUAAAAAUGGUGGAUUGUAUUGUGUCUAUCUUGCUUUCGAUAAGUAAUGAUCAAAUCGAGAACAUCCUCGCCAAACUGGAAGAAAAGAUGGCCGAGGAUUUUGAAAGGAAAAUGGACGAGUUUCGUGAUGACGUCGACAUCCAAAUGGAGGGCAUGGCGCAGAUCGUCUCGAACACGCGUGAUUAUGUUGCACAUAAAGGAAAAGAGAUCUCUCGAAGAAAUUAUCGGGUGCUAAUAGGCAUUUUUCUAUUUUUCGUCUUUGGUGCACUGUGUUCAUAUUUCUUUCUAUCUCCUGGCUCGCCCUACGUCAGAUGGGUGUGUCGUCAUGGGUCAUUACCGGGCUCCAUAAAAUUUAAAAUCACAAACAAAAACGACGAGAAACUUACCCGGAUGGAAGGAAUAUUAUUUGACGUAUCCGAUCUGAUGAACAAAAUCGGCAGGAAUUUCCCAUUAAAAAAAAAUUUUACCGGUUCUUAUUACUACAACUAUCGAAAAUGCAAGCGAAAUAAUCUUCGCAAGGUCCUCGGAUGGUUCAGCAAUCCUCCUGUGUACUCAAGAGCUCAGAUCUUUGCCGCAUCAUGUGAUUGUAAAAAAAUAUUUUAUAUUCAUCAGCUUUAUUAUUGGGUGGAAUACAAAGAUAUAAUUGCACGGCAAUGUUUCGGGCAAAAAGAUCCAGUUUGCAAUAUGACUCAAUCGGGUUAACGGCAUGUUACACGGCCUUUUUAUAGAAAUAGAUUAGAAGCAUAGGCACUGUCAAGAGAGUGGGGGUCGGAGAGUAAUAAGCUCUUUGUUUUUACAGUAAAAAUCAUAAUAUAGCAUAUGUAAGAUUGAUUUUGGACGCCUUCCCGGCUUCCCCCCCCCUUAAACCCUGCCGGUGGUAGUUUUUGAAGUACACUGCCUGCUAGACCAUAAGUAAAGUUGCAACAAGAAGUAUCUUUAUACCACGAUGGUUUGCGGUUGAGCUCGAGAUCAGACGUCAGUAUCCUAUACGCUAUCGCUGAUUUUCAAAUACUUCUGGUUUGACCAGUGUCUCUGUUUUUGUAAAAUAUAAAAAUCACUUUUUACCAA